AUUCAUCUCUUUUUCUCCAAGUAGCCUUUACAUUCUUUCACCGUCUCUUAAUUUUGGCUAAUGAUGGAACACUCUGCGAACGGAGGCAUGGGUCAUGACAUGCCCAUGCACGACAUGUGCAAAAUGAACAUGCUUUUUACAUGGGAAUGGGAGAACACGUGUGUGGUAUAUAAAUGGUGGCAUGUGAAAACAGCACCAGGUUUUGUUGGAACGGUUUUAGCUCUAGUGUUGUUGAGUAUGUUCUAUGAGUUUACGAGGAGCUGGAUCUCUCUCUGGAAAGCUCGUUGGACGCCAAAUUCGAUUGCUCCAAAUACACCCUUAGUCAGUGGAAGAGCAUCCAAAUCUAUUAGAAUAAAAUCUGCUGCUUUGUAUGCGUUCCAAGUGGGCUUCUCCUUCAUGUUAAUGUUGGUGUUUAUGACAUACAAUGGCUGGUACAUGUUGGCCAUAGUGGCCGGUGCUGGAUUUGGUUUCUACCUUUGGGGAGAUGAAAAAGAAGCAAAAUCUAUGCUUUGUCACUGAAAAUGUGCGUGUUUUUAGAUGUGCUCAAUAUAGAUUAUUAGCGGGGCUUUCUUAUGGUCAUACAUUUCGCUAGAGAUGUAAACUGUGAAUGAGAUCUUUCGCGAUAUCUAACAACAAGCAUUAGACUUAGAAUAUUAGAAUCAAUAUCGGAUGCCGAAGACUAUGAAAUAUGUAUGAUAUGUUGUUCCGUGG